UCUCCAUCCCCGCUGCCUGAAUAAGGAUUACUAAUUUGACACACACUCUCUCUCACGCCGCCAUCCCCGCCGCCUGGUCAUCGCCGCUCAGUCGCUCCCCCACUGCCAUCCCGCUCAGACACAGCGCCGCCUGGCGUCCGGUAGCCCACUGCACGCCCACUUGAAGUGGAGAGGUGUAUGACUUUGUUUUUUUUUUUCUGACUGAUUGAAUGGAAGAGCUCUGGAUUGACUAGCUACAAUACAUAUAUUGGAUAGAGAAAAGGACGAGUUGCAUGUGUUGUGUGUUUCAGAUUUAAUUGAGUAGCACAAGAUUCCAGCGUUGUCACUUCAUAAUGGACAGCGACGUUCCUUCUUCCCGGAGGACUGAGGAGUAGCUUCAGUCAUGGAGGAGCGAAGUCACACACUAAGAAAAGGAAGCUGAGAAGCGCGGGUGUUGUCAAACAAGUCCCACAAAUUUCAAAAUCUGCUCGCUUCGAUGAAUCGCUCAGAUGUGUGGAAGAGCAUUUGCCGUGGAAGAAUUUGCAGCUGAUUCUGUCGCUACAAGACAAAAACGCUGAUAUCAGGAAGAACAUUGAUUUAGCAUUUGAUUAUGCAAAAUCAAGAAAUAAUGAAGACAUGGAUGAUAUUGGCCGGAGGUCGCAGGUAUUGGAUACAUCAAGAACGAUAGUUUUUGUAAGCAAUUGGAUCCAAUCAUGUCUCAUUUCUUCAGAAAAGAAAAUAAGGCAUGAUGAAGAAGCGCCUCAGUUAGAAACUUCUGGGUCAAUUAUGGAUCUUAGAUUGCUGGAAAAUCUUUCAUUUCUGCUUGGAGGAGUCGAAAAAACUUAAUGUUUCGUUGACAUGUUCUAGGGACUUUUUACGGGUGAUUCAUGCAAAUUGCAAGGGAUGCAUAAUCUUUUGCAAAUGGAACAUCCUCAGCUGUUAAGGAAUCACUUUCAGGAGAACAAAUACAAAUUUAUGAUAUUGUGCUUGAUUGUGUCUCGUUGGUAUUCUCAUUCCAUUGUGGAAUUGCUAACAAAAAUUUAGACCUGUGGAUUUUACUCAUGGAUAAAGUGAUUGACUCAGCCUUGAAAGUUUUAAUGGGCCAGCAUGACGGAAGCAAGCUUGGGGGUUUCAACUUGCGGUUAGCUUGUUAUUUGUUUGAGCCAUUUGCUAAGUUUUUAUGUGUUCACCUGACACGUAAAAAUGGUUUCCAAAAUUUCCUUGAUAAGCUUCUUGGGCCUCUGCUGCACUUGUUACAUGUUUUGCAUUCUAUACCUUGUGACAGUGGUGAUGAAUGGAAAGUUACUAUACCUAAAUGGAUGGAAGAAGUUGUGGCUCAAGGACUGUUUCACCCCACUCAUAUUGAAGGAUUUCUCAGCUUGCAGAGUUCUGUUAGAUAUAGAAAUUCUUCUGAUAAUUUCAUAAAAGAUGGAAAGCUGGUGAACAAAAGUUAUCACAGGCAUUUAUUUGAUGAAGUGGAGAAGAUAGUAGCAACGAAAAAUGACUUGGCGGUAAUUGGUUUAGGACAGUUGCUUCACUUGUUUGUUUGUUGUGUUAUGAAGCAAAAUGGUAUUUCAGUUGGUAGUGGAGUUCCUAGGGGGUCAAAUUUCAGCUUGACCACUCAUGUUUCAAGUACCCUUCAUCGUAGCCAAACAAUGGCUCUAAAAGUGACUCCUUCAAGUCACAGUCAGAGCAUGAAUGCUGAACUUUGGAGAUCAAUAUUUGACUUUUACAUACAGAUUAUGGAAUAUCUAUUUAUCUAUUGGCAGAUAUCAAUAAAUAUCUCCAAACAGAAGGGGAACUAGGUUCUGCAUUAUAUAAUGUUUGUAAAACACUAAGAUCCAUUAACAGUGUACUUUUAAGCCUCAUUUGUGACAAACUGUACUUAAGAACUGAGGAUACCUCUGAAGGGGCUUCCCAGAUUUUCUUGAGGUCUGUCCAUGCUGUGUUGAUGUCAUUAUCUGCAAAAAUUGAAACAUCAUCUUUUGGCAAUAAUGAAAAAUCAAAUGGGGAAGUAUUGAUUUCAUUGAGGACAGAGCUUAUAUGUAGUAUAAAUCACUUGUUAAAUAUUGAGUAUGAGGUUAUUGGAGAUGAUCUUGAAAGCUUAUGGAUGAUGAUUUUCUCCUCUGCUACCUGCUGCUACAGUUCAAUGGACAUGCCAAGUCAGCCUUUGCUGUCCUCAGAGAUAUUGAACCUGAGCUGCAGGCUUAUCGACGUAUAUAGUGACCUUCGACAGAUUAGAGACCAUACAUAGUGGAUUCUGCUAUCUUUGCACUAUGUAAAGCAGUGAGGCAAUCUUUGUUACUUGUGAGGGAUAGUGAAGCAUGAUCCACAGGAGGUCCAAUUUGAAUUGUUGUGCAAGCGACUGAAUUCAUUUCAUUUUAAUUGGAUCCAUGAAGAAAAAAUCACGCUCUGUAGGAUUUGAACCCACGACAUCGGGUUUUGGAGACCCACGUUCUACCGAACUGAACUAAGAGCGCUUUCUUAUCAGAAUAGAAAAGAAUGUAAAGAAAAGAUUCUUUUUUUUUCAAAUUCAUUGAGCAUGCUGUUCUGCUCUUCAAAAUUUAGGCUCUCUCUUAGCAGUGCUAUUAAAACCAUACCCGAAGGCCAAGGAUCUGCUUGCCUUAGGCAGUUCUGUACAGAUAUUAAGGAAUCUCUGGAGUGGGUGGGAUUUGGAGAUGAGCCAGCUGGUAGAGGUGAAACGGUGAAGUCAAAUUCAUAUAGCUCUGAUUUACUACAAGGCCAUUUGCGAGAAGAACUCAUGGGGAAGAUAUUGUGUGAAGUAUAUGCAAUCAUUCUAGACUCAAUAGCAGUUACUUCUGGUAAUAGCUAUUCAAUUGGCACUUCUUUGAAGAGUUUCAUAGAAAUCAUACGCCCCAGCUUGGGUAGGCUGAUUACCCUUCGGGUGGAUAGUGGCAUAGAAAUUUUGAGCAAGAGUACUGGACCUGACAAUGUAACUAUAUGCUGGUUUUUGGUGCUCUUAUUGCGUUUGAUAGUAUCCUGCAGAAGCUUAUUUCGGCAAGCCAUCAGCCUUAUGCCUCCUGAUGCUUCAAAGAAGAUGUCUGGAGUAAUAGGUGAUUCUUUAACUGUUCACUGUGGAAGGGAUUGGUUGGAGAUGACCGCUUCCACUGGUGAAGGCUUUCUUUCCUGGACCCUGCCACCUUCAGUGUCCCUCCUUGAUGUUAUAAAUUCGGUUUCAGAUAUUUGCAUUCAAGAUUCUGCUGUACUUUGCCCACCACUGGUGUAUGUUUUAAAUGUAAUGGCUCUCCAGAGACUUACUGACUUAAAUAGACUGAUAAAGUCUUCUGAGUAUAUGCUUCAGUGGAACCAAAUGAAGGAUCAAACUAAGUUUAAUGAUGAUGCUGAUCUGUCUUUCAAUUGUAAGCAAAUCCGAAAAUGGACAAAGUGUCACAAAAAUGAGAGAAGAAGCUGCCAGUCUGACAGAAUUUAUGUUGGGAAUGCCUUCUGUCUGUUGCCAAGGACAAGGAGUCCUCAUCCUUUCGUGGUGGUGUUGCAGAUGGUUCCCAGAUUCAUCGUCUGCAUGAUAAUAAUUCAUCAGACAUUGCCGCAGGCUUCUUGGAUGAGAAGUCAUUGACAUCUGCUCUGUGGAGGUUAUUUUGUAAAAAUGUUGAUAUAUGGUGCUCUUAUUCUAGCAAGAAGCACUCAAGGAAUUUUCUUACACAUAUAAUCAAGAGUUCCCUUUCCUGUUUAGUCGGCUUGCAAGAGCACGAUAUAAGUACAACUGGGCACCUGAAGACAAGAACUGUACUGCAGAUAGCAUUGGAGUUUCUAAGCAACAUCAUAUCUUAUGAGCAGAGAUUUGUCCGCAGAUAUAUGGCGUCAAUGUUCUGCAGAAUUCUGCAGAAGUCAGUUCUAUCUUUAUUUAAUACUUCUGUAGUUGAUUUGAGUGAGUUGCCUGAUUGGCUCGAGGCAGUAGCGGCAGUUGGAAAUACAUUUGAUGUGCAAAGCGGUACUUCACCUCAGACAAGACAUAAUAUGGUACCAGAUGAAUCUAGCAGUGGGCAACUUGAUGUUGAAUUUGCUAGGUGUCAAUGUCUGCUCAAUCUUCUGAUGCGGAUGCCAGAAGAAUACUUAAGUUUGAAAUCUAUGUCAUAGUACAUAACGUACAUUCUCAAUUUUGAAAGGAUUCUGGUUGGGAGCUUGUUAGGAAAGCACAGCCAAACAUGGUCCCUCAAUUCUUAUCAGAUAUUUCGAUUGCUUGUGACCUGUAGAAAGGCUCUUCAGAUUUUAGCUGUAGCUUCUAGCAAAGAUAAUGUGAAUGGGAGUCAAUCACUUUGCUUAUUUCCUUUGCCAUGGCUUCUAAAAUCAUUGUCAGUGGCAAUUGAGUUUCAACAUGCAUUCCCCGAAGAUGUCGCUUUCGAAGCUAGAGCUGCACUUUUCUCAUUUUUGGAUUACACAUCUCGUGUGUUGCUGAUGGUUACUGAAAACCUGUAUCAACAUUCAAUUAGCUCUGCCGAUCUGUUAGGAAUGCCCACACAAAAAGAGAAAAUGCAGAUCGGAUCAGUGAACAAUCUGGCCUUCUAUCAUAUCCGAAAGAGACUCUGGUUACAUCUCAAAGUAUCUCAGAAUUAACAAAGGCAUUAGAAGACGACCUGCAAAAGUCUUUGGUCACUGUCAGGGAGGCAUCUGGUGAUAAGAAAAGAGAGUGCAUGACUGGACCUCAGAGUUUGAAUAAGUUAUCAUCCACAAUUGCUUCUUUCCAAGGACUAUUAUGGGGCAUAGCUUCUGCUUUAGGUAGCCAAAAAGCAGGUGUUAGUAAUUCCAGAACGAAGUCUUCAAGUUAUGAUGUCGAAGUGAUGUCAAGAAUUAAGUUGUGUGUAGAAGCAUGCAUUGAAUUUGCAAUAAGUUUUGUGAAGGCGGUGUUUAUUGAGGAUAAUCUGAACCCCUGCAUGACUGCAAACAGUGAUGAAUUGAGACCAAGAGCCUCAUGUAGUCAGUACAGUGUUUCCAGAGAUGGGACAAAUGAGGGAUGCCCUACUGAGGCAAUGGUGCCCUCUGAUGUAAUCAGUAAUCCUACAAAAUGUGAGCCUAAGGGAAAAUCCCGUUUAUCACUUCCAGACCUGGAAGCUUUUCUGAGGUUCCACAUAAGAAACUUCAUCUUAAGAAAUCAUUGCUGAUGAAAGUUUUAAAAGGUGAGAAUCUCGAGGCAGCUUUUUUCUUGGACAGCUGUUUAUUGCAUGUUCAGCUAUUUUAAAACUGAACAUGCAGAUUGAAUUGACUUCCUUAUCUUGGAGCUUGUUUCCAAUUGUGCAAGACAUUUCUGAGUUUAUGCUGGUGGAAUUUUCCAGAAGUGAAUUGCCAAAUCAAUUCGCUUUGUUUUUGUUAGAUGGUGUUGUGAGAUUCCUUGAAGAGCUUGGAAAUUACUUUCCGCAUAUUGAUCCUUCCUUGUCCAAAGAUCUUUACAUCAAGCUUAUAGUCUUGCACUAGAGGGCCAUUGGAAAGUGCAUCUGUUUACAAGGAAAACAAGCAAAGUUAUCUUCCCAAGACAGAGGAUCACUGACUAAGUUGGCUGGUCAAGUGAAUUCCCAAUUUUCUUGGGCAAGAAGUCAUUUAGUUGAAUUGAAGGGAAGGUUGACGAAAUCAUUUAGUACGUAUGUUAGGAAAUCAUCUGAAUUUCACUUGCUAUCUAUCAUUCAAAUUUCACUUGCUAUCUAUCAUUCAGGCUGUUGAGAGAGCUUUAGUUGGGGUAUGGGGAGGCUCAAUGACAAAUUAUGAAAUAGUUUGUGGAAAUUUAGAUGGAGGGGAGGUCGCCUCUGUAGUUUCCGCUGGUAUUGUUUGCUUGGAUUCAAUUCUUGAAUAUGUAACAGGGCCUAGGCGUUUGAAUUUGAUAAAAAAAAAAACACAUCCAGAACCUAGUUGCUGGUCUUUUCAACAUCAUCCUUCAUUUGCAGGGUCCCAGAAUCUUCUAUGGAUAUGUCGACGAUUCUGACGUACCUAUGAUUCUGGAGCGGUUACUCUCAUGUGUAUCGAAUUACUA